AUGAGUGACACCCCUAAAGAGAGGCCCGUUAGCUUUGGGUGCUUAAGUGCCGAUGCCGGGAGUGAGUCAGCUACCAGGUGUCAGGAGUAUUUUAGUGGCUCAAUUAGCAGCCGCUCCAGAAGGAAGGCGCUCCGGCCCAACACCCAGAGUCACAGCCAGACCUGCUGCUGGAACCAGAGCCGUUGGGACCGCCGCCGUUGCUGCUACCGUCCCCGGGUCAAGCACGCCCACAACGCUGACUCCAGGGGGCCGCCCGCCCCGCCGCGGGGGACAACCCCUUCGCUGCUGCCCCAGACACGGGACCUGCCAACAUUGCAGCUGCCGUCAGCCCAGCUUCGCCAGCUGGGCCAGCUUCAAGCACGGCGUGGCCCCCACCUCCCACGUCAUCUUCCCAGCUCCACAGGAUCCACCGGAGGAAGAAAACCCAGGAAGACCUGCUGCAUGAGCAGACGGGUGGCCUCCAGUCCCUUGUCCGGGGGCAUGACGCGGAGUGCCAGGAGCGGGCCACUGACCAGGAGGAACGACAGGCUGACAGGGAGCAGUAGAAGGCUGCCUGGGACCAGCUGGCAUGAGGGCACGCGCUCCUCCCUCAGCGUGGUGGUGGAGAGCGUGACCUCGUGAAUGGAUGGGCCGCUAGCCACCUUCCCCCUACUCCUGUGGCUUCCACCUCCUAGCCACCCCCCGCCCCCCAGGGGUCGCUGGGGCCCUAGAAAAUGGGGCUGUGGGACCUUGAGGACAGCCGAAGCCUCACAAGCUGACCGAGGUAGGCGCCAGUCCCAGUCCCAGCCCUGAGUCACCCCUUCCCCCGGUCCUGCCCCUGUUUUAUA